AUGAGCGGUACGAGCUACAAUGCGAUGGAUCCCAACAGUGAUCCCUACGCGCCCUUCUACUAUUGGGACGCCCUGAAAGGCAAAUGGGAGUUUGACUAUGACGGCUACGCGCGCGCCAACGGCCCCAUUGCCCAAACGAGCAGCUUUAAUACCCAUGUGAAUACGAACGAGCUUGCGCAGCAGGAGCAACAAGCGUCAGUGUACGACUACGACCCCCAUCGCUCUGCGCGCCUUGCGGAGCCGCAGCAGAUUGGACAGCUCAAGAAAGGCGAGAAGCGCACCACGGUCCUGCGGCGUGCGGCGGGCAAGCUGUGGGAGGACCAGACGCUGCUUGAAUGGGACCCCGCGCACAAGCGCCUGUUUGUCGGCGACCUCGGCAACGACGUGCACGACGAUAUGCUCACGCAAGCCUUUGCAAAAUACCCCUCGUUUGUCAAGGCACGCGUCGUGCGCAAGCGCGGCGACGGCAAGACGAAAGGCUAUGGGUUUGUGGCUUUCUCGGACCCUGAGGACUUUCUCAAGGCCUGGAAGGAGAUGGACGGCAAGUACAUUGGCUCGCGGCCGUGCCGUCUGAAGAAGGCCAACGAGAAUGUGGCUCCGGUUGAGAUUGGCGCGCGCAAAGACCGCUUGCUGGCAGCCAAUGCCAAGUACGACCACUAUCUCUCCAAAGGCAAGAUGGGCGGCACCGUCGGCCACAACCUGCGGCGAAACGGAGGCAUCGGCAAGCCGUACGCAAAAAAGUAG